GCAUUCUAAAACUUCAAACUAUGUUGGGCAAAUGUCUGAAUUGGCAAGGUUUAUUCUGUAUGUAAGUUUUAAUAAUGACUGGUGAUACAGCGUCCGAUGAUUUUACUUUCUCUACAUUAAACACUUCUAUCAUCAACAUAACAACAGAUUCAAAUAAUCCUGCUGAGAUGAACGCUGCGCCGGUCCUGCUACUUUUCGUCGUCGGAGUUGGUGGGAACAUCAUUGCGUUGACAGUUUUGUUACUGACGGCCAAAUCUCACAACUGGAAGCCAUUUUACAGAUUUGUCUUCGGACUGGCGAUCACUGAUGGCGGUGGUCUUCUUCUUUCACUUCCUGUGUCACUGUCUAUAUAUGCAUCAGAAUUUCAGCGGGAAUUGUCGCCGGCUUUGUGUGGUUACCAGAUGUUUAUGAUAAUGUUCACACUGAUGUCGUCCGCCAUGAUAGUCUGUGGAAUGUCAUUUGACCGAUUCUUCGCAACUUUCUAUCCUUUUCAAUAUAAUAGACCAUACAAACAAAUUCGAACCAACAUUGUACUGACAGUAAUAUGGGGACUUUCGGCACUCAUCAGUAGUUUACCACUGUUUGGACUUGGCUCAAGCCGAAAGUUUUAUCGAGGGUGUUUUAUGAACUUCAUUGAAACAACAAUAGAAUUGAACAGAAUUGACGCCAUCAUUUAUGCCUCUAUAGGUGUAAUAAUUGUCAUGGCAACGUGGGCCUUCAAUAUUGCUGUUAUUGGCUACUUCAUCUACAAGAGAUAUACAGGGGAAUCCACGUGGAGCGGAUGGAAGGAUAUGCACGUCAUCAUUUUUCUUCUAACAGUGGUGGUCCUAUUUACUUUAUGUUGGUUACCCUUUAUGGUAAACAUUCUGCAGCAUGCCAACUUUGCACUUCCGGAGACGGCGGGUAAGACGGAGCUCCUGUUAACCAGACUGAGCAUCACUAACUCCGUGGUGGACCCCUGGAUAUACAUCAUCCUCAGAAGGGAGAUCUACUCCUCCCUAAUGGCGUGUGUCAGACGCGUGUAUCACAGGGGAAGAGCAAGUCACACGACAUGGGAUCAGAGUUCUGGGGACAAAUUAGAAAACCUGACAUAAAAAACGAAAUUAGAAAUAACUAAAACAACAGCUUAACUGUCAUAAAGUCUGAUGUAUAUGAUGAUCACAUGCAGUCUUAGGUUGAUUUCAGUAUGCACAGUUCUUUAUCUCUAUGUGAUGCGUGGAAGUCUCCAUAUCAGUGUAAGGUUAAACAAUAUACAACAAACCAACCCUUUGUGAUGGAUCGGAAAACGUUCCCAGCCUCAAAAAGUAUUUUUGUUACAUACGUUUCUCUGGAAAAGAGUUAUUGAAUUUUAAAGUACAUAGCCUUUUGGGGGGAAGUAACAAAUAAAUGUUGAAAUUGUGUAGUGAAAGGGAAAUGUUUUCAUUAAAGGUAUCAUCCUGUAAA